ACCCGAAAGGAUUGCCUUCUGUCAAACUGUGACAGAAAUGGCAACAUAAACUUGCACCAAAACAAUAACAACCCGUUUUAUACCAACGUUUUCGCUUUUAAGUUCCAAAAACAUUUCUUUGGUGUUCCUUUUUCCGCUGUUUACACUGCGUGUAUCUAAAUAUUCCCGUGACGUAUACAUGAAAUUAUGGGCGACGAAAAUAUGGAUCUUUGCGAAUGCAUUUGGGGCCACGAACUGGCGAUGAGGAGGCUCUUGAAUGUCAUCCGAAACUCCCAAAGUAACUGUGUCGAAAACGAGUGCUUUGAUGAGGGAUUUCAGAGACAAAACCCUGAGACGAGCAUACUCAUGAUGACUUGUUUUUUAGUUGCUGCGUUCUUUCUGUAUUUUUUCCGACCGCGAACUCAAAGAUUAAGCGAAGAUGUUAAGCCUGGCAACAACGGCGACAACAAUGGAGCUCCACCGAGUCCUCCCUCUGCUAUGUCCUAGAUCGAGUAACUUUUACACAUUUUAGGCAAUUACAACAUUUGACAUAAAAAGAUCUAUAUAACUGUAGGAAAAAUUGAGAUUUGAUGAAUCUGUUAUUGCUAUGUAAAAGGUAAUGUUUUGGUGACCAAUAAAAAAAUUUGUGAAA